AUGUACAAGGAGUUACUCGAGUUUAUCCACAAAAGAUCGCGAAUCAUUAAAACACUAACGCUCUCCCACCCUAAUAAUACCCAAUCUGAGCCAAAAUCGCAAAGGUCCCGCUUCGCAGCCCAUGUUGCUUCGGAGAACGUGAAGAAGUGCCCUCACUGCAAGCAAGCACAUCUUUUGUUUCAGUGUAGCGGCUUCCAAUGUCUUACACCGCAGCAACGAUUCGAAUUCGUGAAGAAGCACGGGCUUUGCAUCAACUGCUUGAAGGGUACCCACCUAGCGAAGGAUUGCUCCAGUGGUUCGUGCAAACAGUGCUCCAAGAAGCACCAUUCUCUGCUACAUCUACCACCGAUUUCGUCUUCGUCGGUUCCUGGUACAUCCGUAGCAACAUCAGCUUUGGUUGGUCAACCCACUGCAGCAAUCAGUUCGCAAUCGUCUCAAAUGUCGCAAAGCAAUGCGACCACAGUCGCACGUUCGCCGCCGGUAGAAGCCGGUACCUCACCACUCGCGAACUCGUCUCGAUCGUUUCCGCAAUCGUUUUCGGUCGGUAUCGCCCCUUCCACAUCGCCGGUUGAUCCAAUCGUUCUCGGUAAUCAUUCACCGUCCUCCACGUCCUGUCAAAGUGCUGAAGUGACUCAAGGUUUUCGGCAAAGUACUGUUGUGCUCUCCACAGCAGUGAUCAAGGUGAAGGACGCUGACAACAACGAACAUUUCGCCCGAGCCUUGCUGGAUAGUGGCUCACAGCCCAGCUUCAUCACCGAAUCACUCUGCCAAAAGCUCCGUUUGAAGCGUGUCAAGCUCAACUCGCCGGUCAGUGGAAUUGGUCAAUCUACUGUGAACGUCCACUUCGGAGUUACACUCUCGCUCGCUUCACGCUACGGAGAUCAUCGCUUCAGUCUGGACUGCCUAGUGCUGCCGAAGCUUACCGUAUCGUUACCCAGCCACCAUAUCGACGUUACGCGGUGGAGGAUUCCACGUAACCUCCCGCUGGCUGAUCCCCAGUUUAACAUCAGCCAGAAGAUUGAUAUCAUUAUCGGCGCUGAAUUGUUCUAUUCGCUCCUGGAACAUCAGCAAAUCUCUGUCGCUACUGGGUAUCCGCUACUACAGAAGACAGUUCUGGGUUACAUCGUUUGCGGAAAGGUAGUGGAUCCAGCUCCCUAUCCACCGGCAGUUCAGACUAGUCACGUCUGCAUGAACGACACGCUUGACAAGCAGCUCGAACGGUUCUGGGAAAUUGAAAAUUUUGACGUCGGAAAGCCUACACUCCCGAUGAGCAGCGUUGUGAAGAACACUUCCAACAAACCGUUAGUCGAGCUGAAGACGACAAAUAUAUCGUCCGUCUACCUCUACGGGAGGAAAUACUACCAAUGCUUGGAGAUUCCUACCCAGUCGCACUACGUCAGCUCCAAUCCAUGGAGAAAAAGUUUGGUGUCGAUGAAGGUCUUCGUGAAGCUUACCACGGAUUCAUGGAGGAAUAUGAAAGACUGGGACAUAUGGAGGAGGUGA